AUGUCUUCUAUGCCUUCUUCACCACCUUUCGAUUGGAGCUCAGAGAUUUCGAGCGGAGAAAACUCCAGAUCCCAACCACCUGGAGGUGGCGCCAGCUUGCAUGUUGGCGCAGCGGAUGUCCCUCUCAUUCCUGGUCACGUUACUGGCCACGACCCUGGUCACAUCGCUAGUUACAUCACUGAGCCCUUUGAAACCUCGAAUGAAGACCUCCACCGAUUUGAUAACGAUCUCGACUUUAAAGGCACUCAUGGAGGAACGGCUUUGCUAUAUUUCACCCAGCACAGAAGGCCCCAACUUGGAUUUAUCAAGAGCCUCAUCAAAGACGGGGCCUCGCCCACAAAACCAUGCCCCCAGAAGUGCUGCACACCGCUUAUCAAUGUUAUCCAAAGAGCAGACCUCAGUAGAGAAGAAGACAAGAAAGCUAUCAGGUAUCUCGCUCGCAAAGACAUAGCCAACGUCAAUUCAGACGAAUCUCGAUACGGUUCGGCCUUGAACAAGGCAUGUUACGACGGCAAUUUGGCAAUGGUCAGAUUCCUUACUCGGGAGUGCGGCGCAAGCCCAAGUUUUUUCUCAGAAGGUUUGUUCGGCAGUGCCUUGCAGGCCGCAUGCCUAUCCAAGGCGGAUAAGGACGUCAUAUGCGGCAUGAUACAACAUCUCGUACGAGAAGCCAGAGCAGAUAUCAAUGCACAAUGCGGAUUCUUUGGCACGGCGGUUAACAUAGCUUGCCUGCUAAAAUCUAACGAACCUUGGUCGCUUAUCUUAGACGUGUCUAAAGGUCACUCGAAUAUCCCUGAUCCGAUGGGCCGUUUGCCAAUUCACUUCGCAGCCGUCUUCUCAUACCACAGAUACGAGCGCAUUUCCCAGCAGCCUCGAUUGAGGUUCUUGCCUUUGGAUUCCAAAGACAAGACCGGUCGCACUGUUCUACACUGGGCAGCUCAAAGCGGAGAUGUUAAGACCGUCAGCGAUAUUCUCACAUCUGACAAAAUCAAGCUUGAUAUCGACCAACCCGAUAAUGAUGGCUGGACGGCGUUAUGCUGGGCUGCUCGAGGUCUGACAUCAGGAGCAGAACUCGAUGAAAAGUCUUCUCAGGGUCAAACAGAUAUUAUUAAAUACCUUCUCGAGCGCGGCGCCGAUAACACGCCCAUCAUCGGCACAGCAUGGUCCUGUCAGGUUUGUAUGGACUUCAAGCUUUGUUUCAAAUGUUAUUUCAGUCGCGAAAAAAUUCAUCCUGGACCGCAUCAUGAUUUCAAGAAGAGCGAUUCUGUGUUCGGCAAAGACCUCAAGAAGGAAGUCUUGAAGACAUGGAUGAAGUGA